CUCAAGAUGUGGUGCUCGAUCUUCCCCGCCAUGUCGGCCGGCUACCGGAGCGGAUCAUCCGCGCGGGAUGCAGAGCUGCAGAUUCAGGUGCUGGGGUGGCACGGAGACGAAUUAAACUUGCAAGCCUCCAAGCUUCUCACAGGUUCUGAACUUCGAAGAAUGAUUCGGGAUCGACUUCCAUCCAAAGCUGGAGCAAGAGUCUCAGUGCUGAAAGAGACUGAGAAGCUUUCAUUGAAGAAGACUCUGACCGAACAAGGCCUGGCAGAAAAACAACCAGUCUCUUUGUCCUACACUUAUGAGGCAGCGAACCUACAGGAGGCUUGGAUGUGCCUCAAGGGCCAUCCCGUUGAGGACGCGUCGAUGGCUCUGGAGGGGAUACAAAAGCUACAAGGGCUUGGUGAGCUAACUCAGCUGACGAACCUGGUCAGCCUUCAAAGCCUUUCAUUGGCCAAUAGGUUUAACCAGAGUCUGACAGGGGUGGCUUGGCCCACCAGUCUCCAGAGCCUCUCUUUGGGCAAUGACUUCAACCAGAGACUGCAAGGAGUGACUUGGCCCAGUAGCCUCCAAAGUCUUUCUUUUGGUUCUAAUUUUAACCAGACCCUCAAAGGAGUGGCAUGGCCCAUGAACCUUCAGAUCCUUUCAUUUGGAACAUGCUUCAACAAGAGCCUGGAGGGAGUGACUUGGCCAAGCAACCUCCAGAGCCUUUCCUUCGGCGACGGGUUUAACCAGAGUCUGACAGGGGUGGCUUGGCCCAGCAGCCUGCAGAGCCUCUCGUUCGGUUUGAACUUUGACCCAGAAUCGAAUUAUGUUGAUUGGCCAAGCAACCUCGUGGCGCUUUCGUUUGGCAGCGCCUGGAACAUGAGCGUGAAGGACCUGAAGUUCGAUGCUUAUCUUCCGUGCAUUGGAACUCUGAUGGGGGCUGCUUGGCCCAAGGGCCUCCAGAGCUUUUCGUUCGGCUGCUUUUUCAACGACACUUUGACCAGAAUGGAUUGGCCUAGCAGCCUCCGGAGCCUUUCGUUUGGCAACAUGUUCAACCAAAGCCUGGAGGGUGUGACCUGGCCCCACAACCUUCAGAGCCUUUCCUUUGGUAGAGAUUUCAACCAGAGCCUGGAGGGAGUGACUUGGCCCAGUGGCCUUCAGACCUUGACUUUUGGCAAAAAUUUUAAUCAGAGCUUGCAGGGAGUGGCCUGGCCCCGCGGCCUUCUGAGCCUUUCAUUUGACAGAGAUUUCGACCAGAGCCUGCAAGGAGUGUCGUGGCCCAGCAGCCUCCAGAGCCUAUCAUUUGGUUAUUCUUUCAAUCAAAGUCUGGAGGGAGUGGAUUGGCCCAGCAACCUUCAGAGCCUUGCGUUUGACAACGGCCCAGAUCCUAGAGAGCCCAAAUUUCCCUUGUUGGGUUUAGCUGUUUCUUGGGGCCACCGCAACGGUGAAGAUCGGAGAAAUGAACAAUCCAACGAGUGCAUGGAGGCAGUGACUUGGCCGUGCAGCCUUCAGAGUCUUUCGUACAGUCACAGGUUCAACCAGAGCCUGGAAGGAGUGGCUUGGCCCAACAAUCUUCAGAGCCUUUCAUUUGGCAAUGAUUUCAACCAUACCCUGGUGGGAGUGACUUGGCCCAACAGCCUCCAGAGCCUUUCAUUUGGCUAUGAUUUCAACCAGACGUUGGAGGGAGUGGUUUGGCCCAGCAGCCUCCAGAGCCUGUCUUUUGACACUUGCUUCAGCCAAAGUCUGGAGGGAGUGGAGUGGCCCAGCAACCUUCAGAGCCUUUCGUUCAAGGGAAACUCUUCGCACGGCACCAGGGGAAGGGUUACAAUGUGUCGACGGCUCGAUGAGAUGGGGGAGGUUCUUCCCAGAGGCUUGCGGAGUUUGGACUUUUGGGAGUCCGUUGAAGAGCUCAUCUCGAUCUCCAGCGAGCCGUUUGAGGCCAAGCGGAUCGAUGGUCAGCCAGCACGGCAGCACGCGGUAGUGUCACGCGAGCUAUGAACAGCAGCCCAAACGGACGACUGCAGCUCGAUUCCGACCCUCAGCCCUGUGACAAAG